AAAAGAUAAUUACGAUGAAUGAAGAUAAUAAUAUUGAGCAAAAUCAAUUUGAAAACUCUAAAUAUCAGUGGACAAUGCAAACUACAAAAUUUUUAAUAGAAAAUGUUAGAAACCAUGUGGUAUCAUUAAAUAAUAAAAAUUGUAUGCAUAAAACAAUAUGGAGAAGAAUAGCAAAUAAUUUUAAGGAAAAAGAUUACAAUGUAACCGAGGAACAAUGUUACACUAAAUGGAAAAAUUUGAAACAAAGGUAUAAAAAUGUACGAGAUUCUAAUAAUCAAACUGGGAAAAACAGAGAAUCUUGGGAAUAUUUUGAUAUGAUCGAUGAAUUCAUUAAUAAGCAACCCGAAAUAGCACCUGUAUCAAUUGCUUCUAGUACGCAUGGAUUUAGAAUUAGACAAUCAAGUCCAGAGCUAAUUGCAGAAUCCAACAAUGAAAAUGAUUCUGCAGCCAUCAAUACUUCUUAUAAUGCAAGACGCAACAUUAGAAAGCGCCGAAAGAAUGAACCUGAAUGGGUCAAAAUUUACAAACAAAAAGAGGUACAUCAUAAAGAAAACAUAAAAAUGCAAAAAAGGUUUCUCAAAAUAUUCAAGAUAUAUUUGCAAAGGGAUAACGUACAAUAAAGAAAGUAUCUCAGAUUUAUGUUUAAUGAAAAGAAAAAAGUAUAUUUUAGUUUCUAUAACAACUAACGUUAUAAGAAAAAUUAUUAUUUGUUACGACAAAUGUUUAAAAUGUUAUUAAAAAAGUAAUAAAUUUAUUUUAGUUUUAAGUUACGUUUUGAUUCAUAUUGCAUGUGCUGAUUUGUUUCUAUAAGAAAAACUGUCAUUCUUAAA